AUGUCCGACCUGACCGCCCGUCUGAAGGCAGUGCAAGCAGUGCAGGAGCAAGAGGUGAAGAACGACCUCGAGUACCUGACCUUGGCGGAUCUGGAGAACGAAGUGGUUUCUUUCGGAGAAGCUCACCUGGGUCAAACCUACACCCAGGCAUGGAGCGACCAAGAGUGGGUGAAGUUUAUGACCGCUCGCUACCAAAAGAGCACGAAGGCUGGGGAGGACGAUGGGGUCUACGAGACCGAGAUGUCCGAGACAUGGACUAUGAAUGCCCCGACGGAGCAGCAGGAGACCAUUCAUGCUCUCCAAGCCAGGAUGCUCAACAUGGAGGAUGCACUGCAACGAGUGAUUCACCACCUCGAGAAUGUCCAGCCCAAGAACAACUGA